AUGGAAGGUUUACCGAAAGUGCAAUCUUUGUGUGAAAUCUGCGAGACUGCCCCCUGGAUAUACAAGUGUUCAAAGUGUUUCCUGAAACACUGUUCUCUCGGCUGCUACAAUAAACACAAAAGCACUUGUGUUUCCUCUGUUGGACUUGAGUCGAAGGAAGAGGAAGAAGCCGCUCUCGUCCCUCUCGACCUUGGUGACAACUGUUCAGAUUACAUUCCAACCCGAAUCCUUGAAAAUCUUCAAAAUUCGAAGAGACUGAAGGAACUCCUCUCAAAUCGUCAUCUGCGGCGCUACCUAACCUGUCUUGACAGCUCUAGACACCCGGCGGCGGCCAUCGAGAAGGCAAUGAAAGAACCACUUUUCAUAGAAUUUGCCGAUGAGUGUUUGCGCGUUAUUAAUCAACCGCAGUCCAACUAA